AUGGGAAUAGAGCGAGGGUGUUUUCAUGAAAACGAUCUCGAAUCUAUGGCAGAGCGGCCUGUGGAGGACAGUUCACAAGACGGCCUGAGACUGUUUCUCCCACCCACCAGUCUAGAUGGCACAGGUUUCUGCUUGGUUACUACCCCACUCUUGCUGCUAGCUGGGUUGGGAAAUUACGGUAAACAUGGGAUCAACUUUGAGGACACCUACAACUCCUGUCGACACGAUUUGAAAUUGCCCACUUUUAUGGUGACUGAUGGUGCUGGAAAAGGCGUUCAUACAUGGUCAGCACAAGCGUGGCUUGAAAAACGGUCGAAAAUUGUUGAAGUUGUCAUAAACCUUGAUCCGAAUUUUAGACCCGAGUAG